GGGUGGGGAGACCUCCACGUCGCAGAGACUCGAAAGAGAGAGACGGUGUAGGCGCGCUCGACCGAGCUAGUCUCUCAGUGUCGUUCCAGCCGUGGCUUCGUACGGUAGUAGAACGAGACUCGCGUCGAGAUAUCUCUGUCCACGUUCAAACUCUUUCGAGGAUUUUCGCGAUCAGUGGACGGAUAUCGUACACGCGCACGCAUCUCAUUACACACUUUCUCUAUCUGUCUGUCUAUUUAUCUAUCUAUCUAUCAGUCAAUCAAUCAAUCAAUCAUUUUUUCUUUUUCUUUUUUCUCUUUCCGUUUUCGUCUGCGUUAUCUCGGUAUCUUUUUUCUGUCUUUCGUUUUUCGUCGAUUUCUCUUUACACUCGUCGAAGAUCGUUCUCGAUCGGAGUGAUCGAGUAUAUAUUAUCGGGGACACAUGCAUCAUGGGCUAGAUCGAGUACACUUGGCUCUUGGAGAUGCCGAGAGGAAAGACGCGUUCGAAGAAACUGGGUCAGUGGUGUUGAGUGUUCUGUGAUCGUUUAUUUCACCGGUGAACGAAAAAGAAAAAUAUCAAUAUAAAAAGAGGAGAAAAAGAAAGAAAGAAUUAAAAACGGGGGAACGAGGUUUUUUUUUUCUUUUCUUUACGAAAUAAGACGUGAAAUGUGUCCGACAUUGAGCUAAUAUACCGGAGAAUUGGUGAAUAGGGUGAUAAGGUUCGAUAAGUAGCCUAUUAUUGUAAGAUGAGCCCGGGCUCUCAGGGCACCCUGGAGGUGGAGCGUUACAUCGGUAGCUGUUUGAUAUCGUCGAACGUUCGAAACGGAGCGCAUAAGGCGAUCCUUGGGAAGAAACAGGAUCAAAACAGUCUGCGUGGGAAAAAUACUAAAGUCUGUUACGGUGGACAGAAUUACGGUAGUGGUAACGAGCAAUGCUCGAUGCAAUACGGCACUGUUUCCGGUGGUUGGGCGGGUGCUCCACUGAUUUCGAUGACGUCCAGUCCUCGUAGAUGUAAUCAAGGUUUGUCACCUUCGUUGGGACAACAACAACAGCAACAGCAACAGCAUCAAUUGCAAACGCAGCAACAACAAUCGUCCCAGCAACAGCAAUCGCAAGCUUGCGAGCAGCAACAGCAGCAGCAGCAGCUGAACGGACACCUGCACAAAAGUCCCCUCUCCAGACUAGCCAUUCACACGCAGGGAGCGCCGUUGAUUCUCGCCGGUCGAUUUCACAAUCGAGGAAAAAUACACGCUGGCAACGCCGUCGGCCUCGGCAACGGCGUUCCCAGCAGCAACCUCGCGGUUGGUGGUUACGUCCAUGCUAAUGGAAACUCAUCGGCGAACUCGAUGAACGGUACGAUGAACAGUACGAUGAACAGUACGAUGAACGGUUCAACGAGCGGACCCACGCGAUGUCCAGCGCCACCGCGACCCAGGAGACCGAUGGAAUCUACGAAAAAGGUUCAGGCAGGAAAUGGAAAGGGGGAUUGUUCGAACGUAUCUAAAGAUUCUACGGGGACGAAUAUCGCGAAUAUCGAUUCGUUGAGUAUCGCUAGCGACGAGAGUUCCGGCUCGAACAAUUCUGAGAACAGUCUACCCCGAAUCAUAAAACCGCGGAAGCGUAGAAAGAAGGAUAGGAAACCUCCGAACGGAGGGAUAACAACGUCAUCGACGGACGGAAGUACGACGACGACGACGACGGCGACGACGACAACAACGAUGACGCCGGCGACGACGGCAGCGACAACGACGAUGACGACGACGACGACCACGACGACGACGACGAAAUCGGAUGAACCUCAACAGCAACGAACGAGUCCUAACGCCGUUAACGAACAGUCAGGCGUCGUCAUGCCGUUGAAACCUUACGUAUCGUCUAGCUGUUACGAUCAUCAAAGAUACGAAAGUGGAUCGGUUCAACAAAGAAACCACAGAAGACCACCGAUCGGCAGGGAAAGUGUUUACGGCUCUUGUCGGGCGCAGGUGUCCUCCGUGCAGGCCAUUGCCGACAUCAGGCAACAGAGGUACGCGCAUCGGCACGUGCAAGUGAAAGUGCUGGACGACAACAGAAACGUCGUCGUGCCGGGCACGAUGCGAGCGAUUCAGUCGAAAGCUUACAGGCCGCACAGUCAUCAUCAUCACCAUCAUCACCAUCAUCAUCACGUAGUUAGCAACAACAAUAACAACAGCAACAAUAACAAUAAUAACAACAGCGUCGCGUCUCGUUACGUACAUCAGGAUUACACAGACGCAACUGCGAAUUGCGAGGACGGUUUUACCGACGGAUUGGGACUUUGUCAGUGUCGUUAUUGCGAUCCUUCCGGAUUGAUUUGGGACGUAGAUCAGAACGGAUAUUCCCCUUAUUUAACCGCACCAACGUGUAACGAUUUUUGCCCUGCUAAUCACCAAUACCCUCAACAGACCCCAACGAUGUUUCUGUCGCGUGGCUCGUCUCUCGGUUGUCAAGAUCGACAGCAACACCGACAUCAGCAUCAACACCAACACCAACACCAACAUCAACAUCAACACCAACAUCAACAGCAACAGCCAACGAUCGAGAGAUUAUUCGACGCGGAAUGUCCGCGUUUAACGCGUCCGGAACGCGAUGCCUCUAGCACGGUAAUCCUAAGGCGUAGCUGGAGCGAUCCGACUAGCUACUUCAGCGAAGAGAUUACCGCGCCCAGUAGAGACGUCGGCGUGAUCGGUGACAGAGGUCAAUCGGAGAACGGCAAACGUUGCGGAGGAACGUUUUGGCACGGUGAUACGACGGCAUCCGCUGGCAUGGCCAACGGCACACCAAACGUAUCUUCAUCGAACGGUAACUUGGGUAAUUCAGCUAGCUCGCCCUCUUCUAAGGGCCUCGAGGUCUCCACGGAAAUUGUUACCUCGCCGAACGGGCAUCGGGACUUGGAAAUCAAGUUUUAUUCCCCAUCGCCAAAUGCACCGUCGGCAAAUGCGAUCGAGGAAGACAAGUCGUCGAUAUUCGUCGAGGAGGAAGAGGAAGAUUUCAAUGAUAUUUGGAGUUAUCACGAGUCGAAACUGCAAAAGGAUUUUCGAAGUUUGUUACAAGCGGAAGAGUGAAUAGAGAGAGAGAGAGAGAGGGAGAGAGAGACAGAGAAGAAAAAAUAUUUGACGAGCAUCGAUCGAACUUCCAUGUUUUAUUUACCUUUAAACGUGAGACAUGUUGAUGGAGAAAGAAACGGAUAAAAGGAAAGAAAAAGAGAGAGAAAGAGAGAAAGAGAGUAGAAAUGAAAGGCCUGUUUCAAAGGGGCCACAAGAGAAGAAGAUGCUCGACGAGACUCGACGUAGGUUGCGAUCGUGAAAGCCAGUAACGACGAACAGAGAAAAAGCAACGAAACGACGCGUGCCGAACGGCGCGAAGGAGUAGUAGUCGCUUGGUGGGGAGGAGAGAGUUCCUCCUAACGGUGCAAGUAGUAUACACGUAGUGUACGUGACAAGCCUACACGGAGAGGACGGAUGACGAUGACGACGACGACGACGACAACGACGAGAACGACGACGACGACGACGACGACGAAGACGACGACGAUGAAGACGAAGAGGAAGAGGACGAGAAGGAAGAAGAAGAAGAAGAAGAAGAAGAAAAAGAGAAAGAGGAAUACGACAACGACAACGUUCGUUCGUUCGUUCGUUCGUUCGUUCUUUCUUUCUUUCUUUCUUUCGUUCUUUCGUUCAUUUGUUGGGAACUUUUCGUCGUAGCAGAGCGAUCAACUUUGACCUCCUCGAGAGAAGAUAUAAUAAAAAAGAAAAUCGAAAAAAGAAAAAGAAGGAAGGAUAAUACAUACGAAACAUAUUUAUACAUACAUACAUACACAUACAUAUAUAUAUAUGUAUGUAUGUAUGUGUAUACGUAUAUUUAUACACAUGUAUGUAUAUAUGUAUGUAUACAUUUACGUAUACAUAUAUGUAUAAAAUCCUUGUUUAUGUCGUUAAAUUGUCAUUGUGUUAUUCGAAAAGAAAAUAUAAAACAAAAAACAAAAUGGAAGAAAAGAGAGAAAGAGGGAGAGAGAGAGAGAGAGAGAAAAAAAGAGCGAACACUUUCCGAGAAGAAAACACUUCGCUUCGACUUUCACCGUUAACGAAUCCAAACGAGAACGAAACGGUGUUUAAAACGUGAUCUAGUGAUUAAUCGACGAAACGAUUAAGCGAAUGGUCCGGAAUCGCCCCAAGAGGAACAAACGCGCAGCCUCGCCUGUGUCGCCGCCCCUCCCCCCACCCUCUUAACCCUCUCCCCGUCCUUUUCACCCUUUCGCCCUUCCACCCUUCCGAGGAUUCACGAAUCGCGUCGAGCAGUCUGACCCCUCUAUAUACUAUUUUCUCGGCACACCUUGUUGUCUCUUUGUUGUGCAAAUUGUCGAUCUCUCUGCGAGGGAACAAAUUAGACGUUUUUUGUCCGAUCGUUCGUAUUGGUUCUCUCUCUUUUUUUUUUUUUGUUUUUUUUUCUUUUCUUUUUCUCCCUACUUUUCUUUAUUUUUCCGCUUUCCCUAUUUUUCUCCGCUCGUUCUUUCUAUUUUUCUUAUUUCAUUAAGUUUUUUUUUUAUUAUUGUUUUUUUGUUCUUUUUUUUUUUGUCCAUAUCUUUUCAACGCGAGGAAACGUUUUCGUACUGUACGUUUUUGUUCAGUGUUAUUUUUUUUUAUUAUUUUUCUUUCUUUGUUUUUUCUUUUUUGGUUUAGUUUUUCUGCGAGCAAGUACGAGAAGAGAUCGCUGACGACAUUCGAAAGUCGAUUGAUUUCGUUUUUUGAGAUCGAUCGGAAUUAUUUAUCGGAAGGGUGGAUAGCCUCGUAGCGUAAAUUAUCGUCAUCCUGAUCGUUCAGGUGUCACUCGCAAAAAAAUAUAUAUAUACAUAUAUAUAUGUAUAUGUAUGUAUGUAUAUAUAUACGCAUAUGUAUAUGUAUCUUACAAUUAGAAUAAAAGGUCGGCCCACGGAUUUACACGUGUAUAAACGUAGAACGUAACGUUUUCAAACGAAUCGAUCGAAUCUAAUCACAUUAAAGGUGACGUUCGAUCUUUUUCGUAAGUAAAUCCGUGCCGGACGAUUUCCGAUCAUCGAACUUUUGCGACGAGUUCCCGACGAAUUCUCUCGAGAUUUUCGCCCUUUUCUACGCGCCUUACGAGGAUAAAAAGAAAGGGUUUGUAUGUUGCGACAAAGAUAGAUAGAUAGACAGAGACAGAAAGAGAGAGAGAGAGAAAGAGAGAGAGAGAGAGAUAAAUACAAUGAGCGCGUGUGUGUAUGCGUUUGAAUGUGUGCGAGUAAAAGAUGAUUUCCUUUUUAAAAACGCACAUAGAUGCACGAUUAAAUCUUUAAUUCGUUUAGAUCGUAAGUCUGUAGAUCUUAAGACGCGACCCAACUCUUUUAGAUCGUCUCUGUUGUCUAUAUGUGUACGAAAGUCGUUCCCAAGAGAAUAGGAAAAAAAAUAGAAAGAAAGAGAGGGAGAGAGGGAGAGAGAGAUAUUUGAUCGUUGUUGUUGAUGUUGUUGUUAUUAUUGAAAAAUUGAGAAAGUGAGGAAAUUCGAUUGAGGGCAACGUACUUAUAAGUUAACUCCACAUAUUUCUCUCUCGCUGAUUCUCCAGGAUAAAACAAACGUAAAGAAAGGAAAAAAGAGAAAGGUAAAGAGGAAAAGAAAUAAAUUUAAGAGAGAGAGAGAGAGAGAGAAUGAUCGUACGUACGUAGCAAGUUUUAUUGCUAAAUAAAAAUAAUUGUAAUAUGAUGAUCGAGGGAAAAAAAUCGUUUAUAUUUCGUUGGGAACUCGCGAUUACGUGAGUUAAAGAAAAUUAAAGGAAUAUGUUAAAUUACGAGAGGAAAGGGAAAGAAUAAAAGAUUGAACGGAACAAAACGAGAAAUAUAAAUAAAUGAACACGAAUGAAUGAAUGAAGGAAUGAAUGGAUGAAUGAAUAAAUAAAUAACAUGAUGAAAGCUCGAACUUUUUUUUCGAGCUUCGCCGACGAAAAAAAUAAAUACAUUAAAAGUUAAAAUAAAAAAAAAAAGGAACAAAACAAACGAAAUUGAUUGAACUCGUUUCAUUUGGGAUACGUACGUACAUGGAAAAAUAUGAAAAUAAUUGGUCGAUAUAUAUAUAUAUAUAUUUUUCACUUCUCGUUUCUUACGUUUUCAUUUUGUUUUUUCUUUUCGUUUCUCUCCCUUUUACAUUUUCGUCGAUAAUGGUCAGUUUUUCUCGGCGACGAUAUUCCUGCAAUUAGCGAUUAGCUUCGAGGAUGAGCUUUAUUAUCGGAAAUGAGAAAUUCAUUUUUUUUUUCUUUCACUUUUUUUCGACGUUCUUGCAACUACUGGCGAAUUGUCACUCUCUCGUAUUUGAUGUCGCUUCUUCUUUUUUUUAUUUUUUUUUAUUUUAAACACAUAAUAGAGAGAGAGAGAGAGAGAGAGAGAGAGAGAGAGAGAGAGAGAGAGAGAGAAAUAUGCAUAUAUAUACAUAUAUAUAUAUGUAUGUAUGUAUGUAUGAUAUGUAUAUAAAGACACACGCAUACACGCAGAGACAGCAAACCUAAUAAACGUUGCGAUUCCGCUUACGUAUCCGCGCUUUUCGCUUUCUGAUCUCCGAACGAUGGAGGAAAGAGGGAAAGAGACAGACAGAUAGACAAAAUAAAGAGAAAAAAAGAAAAAGAGAGAUAGAGAGUAUCGAAAAAAAUCUCGGAUGAUCAUCGACAUAGAAAAAAGAUCAUUCGUGUUCCCUUUCCUUAUUUUUUACUAAACGUAUACGUACGUACUCGACGCGCUCCGAAUUCUGUCCCUCUUUCUUCCUAAGUGAUCUUGUUCUUUUCUGUUUUUUUUUUCUUAUUUUCUUUUUUUUUUUUCUUUUAUUCUUUUCGUAAUUUAUUUCGGACGCCGAAGUCGCACACAAAGUCGCAAAGUAUUCUGAUGAUGGUUCGGCGAUUAUAAAAAAGGACAGGACGAACGAACACGAUGAUUAAAUCGAGACCAAAUUCGUUCGCGAUUAGCUUCGUAUUAUUCCGAGAGAGAAAGAGAGAGAAAGAGAGAGAGAGAGAGAGAGAGAGAGAGAGAGAGUGUGUGUGUCGUCUCUACGUCUUAUCGUCUUAGUGCUUUAGUAGCACUAACGCUCAGAAUACGUUGUUCGAGAGAGAAGGAAAAGUCAAUAAAACUAUCUUCAAUUUUA